AUGGAUGACAAUGAAAUCUCUUUAAUGGGAACCACUGUUGUGUUGAGGUGUUUUAAAAAGGACACGAAUGUGGCGAACAGUGAUCAACAGAUUUGUUGUAAAAUGAUUCUACAACAAAACGAGAAUGAAUUAAUCUUUACGAUUCCACCGAAUAAUGGAGAGAGGGUAGUAUGUUUACAGAAAAUAUCGUUAAGAGAUGUUGUCUCUUUCACAUUACGUACAGGUAGAGAAGGCACGGAAUGGAUGCAAAUCUACAAUCAAAAAGGGAAUCGAGUGGAUAAAUGUAAUGAAUCUACUCCAGUAUUCCCUUCUGUGAUUCUAUUGGAAAUGGUGAACGGUGAUGUAGUGGAGAUUGCUGGUAUGCCAAUUGCGGAAGUGACCUCACUCCUGCAAAUUGUUGAUGCUCAAUUGCAGCAACAGAAGCGGGAGAAGAAUAUAAAAGAAGAGGAGAAAUCUUCACUUUCUCGUCUGGACCAGUAUAUUGCAUCGAAGUAUCGUGGAAACACAUUAUCGCAUGAGAGUCUGUUAACUUCACCCUCACCUGCACUUUCACCAUCUGUAAUGAUGCCUCAAAGUAUUAAUAAUGGGGAAAUGAAGAAAGGCGUAUUAAAGCCAAGACGAGUGAAUAAAUAUACUGCACUUUUGUCUGAGAAGGAUACUAUUCACCCCACCAAUGGUCUCUCGCCCGAUAGGCGAAUAGAACAGCUUCAAGGUAAUGUUAUUAUGCACUUAACUCCUAUUGGAGUCCCUACUCAAAUGGUAGAAAGUUUUAACAUUGGUAGGCAAGGCGAUGAUAGAACGAGAAGAGAGCUAUCGGAGGGGGAACAAGUGAAUAUCUCAUUGCUUCAAUUGGAUACCUUUAACUCUAAUAUGACCUCUAGUUUAGAUAAUCAACGGAAACCAUCUCUUCUACCAUGCUCGGAUGGUAAACUUAGUGGUAAUGUCAAUAGUGCUAGUGAUGCUGCUAUUCCUUAUGCUUCUGUAUUAAAGACUACUGAUGGAAUGAGUUCAGGGAGACGUGAGGCUUACUUAUUAAAGAAGUUAAAGGAAAAAACUAGAGAACUGGAAAAAGUACGAACUGAACUUCGUUUUACAGAAGAGGUUCUGCGGCAUAAGACUGAAGAGGGUCUUCGACAAGAACAAAUGCUGCUUGAAAAGUACAAAUAUCUCACACCAGCACAGCGAGCUCUAUUGGAUUUUGACGCCUUGUUGGAACCAGUCCUUUCACUUGAGGAAGUACAACGUAGGCAAGAAGAAGAAGAACAUCAACGACAUUCAACAGGGCGUAAAUUGCAGCACUUUCAACAGCUUUCCAAGGCCUUUAAAGAACAAUUACAGGAACGCUCUCUCUCAAGAGUGAAUACCAUUACCCCAGAAGUUUCUCUUACAGAACCAUUUAAGGAAGAAACGACAUCACCGCAUGCCACUAAGCAGAUGGAUUCACAGAAAAUGUCUGCAGACGACACAUCAAUGAAUAAUAAUCAGACUUCAACAGACGCUAUCACUCAUAGUAGAGAUAUUGUUAAAUCAGCAAGCCCCAAACUUAGUGUUACAUCUCCUAAUUUCACGGAUAUACACCGUAACACAAUAGGGAAGUCUACACUUCCCCCUUCACGCCUGGAACUCUCAGGGAAUGACUUGCCGCUAUCACCACCAUCGCCACCAGUGGUGAUGCCAACAGUCACUACUACGACGACUGCUGCAUUGACACCAAAACCAUUGGUUAAUACUUCUUCAGAUGCUAUUGGUAAUUUACCAUCACCACCAGCUGGAUUACCGCCA